UACCCACAAGUUUGUAUCGAUUCGUUGCUAAGCAAAUUAUUUCUGAGUCACACAGUGGGGUGGAUGGGUUUGAACAAGGUCCUCUAUUUAGUCCAUUAAAAACCUAAAAAACAAGAAAUUGUGCAUUGAUGCGUUAGCCGGAAACGGAAAAAGCAUUUGUGUCAUUGUAUUUUCAUAACACACACAUACGUGAAAUUAGGUGUCAGUGAAAUGAGUUCUUUCUAUUUCAUCUUAGUUAUCUUAACGAAUCUUUGUGUGACACAGUCAGAUGUUAGUGUUAAAGAAGUAUUUAGGAGAGAAGGAGACGUUAAUGUAGCUCUGAUUUUACACAACGACUGUAAUAGCACAACGGUGCUAACAGAACAAGAGCAAUCAUUGGUUAAUUCAGCGAUUUGGACAGUGCACCAGCUGAAUUAUUCGGAACUUAUCAGUUUUGGUAUGUCCAUUUACAAGACCUGCAAUGAAAAAGAAGAAUAUCAAACUAUAUUUGAACUGUUUCAAAAACAAGAUGAAAAUUUUCUCUUGGGGUUAAUUAGCACUUCACUAAAGCCACACAUUCGAAAACUUUGUGAUGCACUAGAUUUGGUUGUUCAACCGACUGUGAAGUGUCCUACACCGCUAGUUAAAGCAUCAAUUGAAUUGUUAGAACGUCUAAACUGGAUUGAAAAUGUGACAGUGAUUGCUUCGAAUGAAUUCACUGUAAAUGAGUUUUCAAUAAUGUCACAAAAAAAAUGGAUCUGCAUUACAGAUUUUGUAACAUAUAAGUCGUUUAUACCUUUAAGAAACUACACGAACGAGUACUUGGUAAUUUUUGCAAAGCAAAAAGUCUUUAAAACAUUCGUUGAGAAUUCUAACAUGUCGAAUGUAAUCUUUGUUCCGGAAGACGAUUUUUUUCCAAAUGAUGUACCUGAAAACAGCUACGUUAUAAGUAGUAAAUCCUACAACUUCGAACAAAAUGUUUACACUCCCAAUCCUCAACUUUUCGAAGUUGCUAUUCCUCUUGUAAACUACGCUCAAAAACUAAAUAAUUUAAUGGCUGAAAAUUGUAAUGAAACGAAUUAUAAACAGUGUUUUAAAACCAACUACUGCACUGUCCCCCAAAAGUUACCAGAACCAUCUGAAAUCGUUAAGAUGCUCAAAAUUGAACCUUCCAGUAUUAAUUACUUCAUUUAUAAGGCUGAAAACUUAACAUUGAACAAAAUGUUUGUCUAUAAUGCUUUUAAAAAUAAUUUGACAGUAUUAGAACCUGACUAUGCUAACCAAUCAUCUAUGUUAAGUUGCUUGUCUGUGAAACAUGGUUGUCAAAAGCAAUGCAAAAACUUUCAGAAUCAAAUCAAAUUAGUUUCUUCAAACUGUGAAAUUAGAAUACGAACCGACUCUUGGAUUUUUGCUUUCUUAUCAUUAUCUCUCUUGGGUGUAUUGUUUUGCAUUGCCAUUUUAAUUUUUCUUUUGGUUUCGGUUUGUCGUCGGAACGUUCUUGAAGGUAACCCAGUCCAAACAUUAUUAUUAUUAAUUACUUUAAUGUUAAUGUAUUGCUCAAUCCUUUCAUUGUCUUUGGAAGGUAAUAAGUCCGCCAAACAUGCAAUAUGUAUGGCUAGAGCUUUGUCAAUAACUCUCAGUUUCGCUUCUGCGUUUUCUUUAUUGCUAAGUCGAAGUAUUGUCUUAGCCACAGCUUCCAAAGAGAUUGGUUUUAUGUCACACAUUGCUGGUCCAGUUCAGAGUUUCCUAUGCCUCUUUAUUUUUGGAGUGCAAGCAGCUCUAAGUCUGCAAAUCAUUAAUCACUGUGAGGAUAUUUUCCGAGGUCAUUCUUUUGUUUAUCUUUUAUCAUACAACAUAAUUCUUCUUCUCCUACUCUUGUGUUUUUGUCCCUUGAUUUUUAAAUGUCAGAGAAAUUAUCGAGAGGGCAAGUAUUUUACUUUUGCUACAAUUAUUAUUUCCCUUUUGUGGUGCCUUUGGAUCCCGGCUUACAUAUUCCUUGGUGAUUAUUAUCAAGAUUCCGUCCUUUGCUUCGGUUUGGUUUCCACCGCUAGUGUUUUAUUGGCCACAAUCUUUAUUCCACGGACAUACUUGAUGACCAUCGCUGCAGCUCGCGAUAAGAUUACAAGCACUUUGCCAUCUCUAGCUUCAGCUACAAGCGCAAUGGAUAUUUACAGGAGCGGAGCUCAGCCGGUUUAUGACUGUGUCAAUGUGGCCGCAAUUAAUGCGGUACGAGUGGCAGCAAUUCAACAUCCCGAUCUUUAUUCCUGUCCGCAUUUAGCAGAAGAUGAUUUUAAUUUACGAUGCGACACGCCAGUGACUGAUGAUAAAGUGACAAGGUUUUGAGACCAACGUAUUGUCAUGGAACUAUUUAUUUGCACAAUAAUAAAGGAAAGGAUGUGUAAUUUUUAAAGUGCGAACAGUUUCCGCAAAACGGAUUAGAUAAGAUUUUUAUUUCAUUUUAGUUUUAUAAUCGUAGUGACCGAGUCUAUGUAACAAUAAUUAUCAAUUAUAGUCGUAUACAGGGGGUCCCAAGUUUUAGGGCCGGCGCAGAAAUAAAUAUCGAGAUCGAGUCAUUGUUGAAUCCGAAAACGUAUAUCUGUGAAACAUCAAAUAAAAUGACAAGUCGAAAAGUAAAAUGGCAUGAUCAAAAAGAUGAUGAUUUUAAAAACUAAAUUUAUGACUUCAGAAAAAUCGGUCGGCGACUAAUCUAAUUCCAGCCCAUUUUGCCGCUUUAGCUUUCGAUUUGUCAUUUUAUUUGACGUUUCACGUGCAGUUAGUUCAAAAACCGAAAUACGUUUUUGGACUCAAAGAUGACUCGUUUCAAAUUAUCUUAAUCCAUUGAUAUUUCUAAUUGAUUAAAAAUAUGUGAUAGCGCACAAUAAGCGCAACCCCUCAAUAUUAAAAUGUUAAUCAUUCAACUAUCAACUUUUUCAUUAUUCUAUUUCCACAAAUACCACAGCAAAAAUCAAAAUAUUUUAUCAUGUAGAAAAUAUUUCAGUUAAUUUUUUUUUUCUCCAAAUUUAAUUUUUAAGGUCUCUCUGUCAUACCCUAAAAAUUUUGUACAAAAUCAAAACAUCAAAUUGAAGUUUAUUUUAUCCUCUAUCCUUUACACUAAUAAUUUUUUAAUGAAUUAAAAAUAUUUAUUUUUGCCGCAGCCCUAAAACUUGGGAUACCCUGUAUAGUAGUGGUCAAAUAUUUGCACGUUUUUACUUCCUACUUUUUAAUUUCAAUUCUAAAAAUUGUACUUUAUAUCAAGACAAAAAGUAUCAUUUGAGUUAAAUUUGUCUGCAAGACAUAAAUAAAACUUGAACAACGAUUUGCCUCCAAAGCACCUAUACAAAAAAGCAGAAAACCUACAAUCUGGACUUUAAUAUCAAUUAUUAUUAGCGAGCCUUGGGUAUUUAAAAGUCCUCCGCUGGGCGGAGUCAUAAUUUUUAGAUUCAAAUUUUAAAUUUCCUUUUAAACUAGUAAAAAAAUGUAGCUUGGAACAGCUAAAGGUGUAAUAAAUUAAAAGUGCUUAAUUUAAUGUAUAAAUAAUUUUUGUCUGUCCAUGUAUUCUUUAUACCUACUAUAUGUUAUACAGAUGUGUAUAAGUCAAUAGCAGUAAUUUAUUG